CUCAUUUCCCGUCACAUUCCAUUCUCCCCUCCUAUUGUCUCUACUGGAAUGGUUCUAAAGAUAUUGAUCAUCUUAUUUUCUCCUACCUUUUCUCCUCAACUGUAUGGAAAAGAAAUCUUAAAACCAUCGAGCCCUCUCAUAGAAGACUAUCUUUCGAUGAAGCGUAAUUUUCGUAGAUGGAUUUCAAUUCUUGCUCUUUUGAUAAAAUUUGAAAUGCCAUCUAUUUUGAUUCGAGGCUUGGCAGUCUUCAUGCCCGCAUUGUGUAAGACUUCCGAAAGAACAUGCUCAUUGUUGUUCGCCAGACUUGAGAUCGAAAACAAUCGAUUCUGAUUACAAUCGGCCGAUUCUGGAAACCAUGUUACCGCCUAAAGGCCCUUAAAUAUGAUAUGUAUAUUUUUUUUUAUAGAAUUAAAUAGAAUAUCAAGCAGUCUCAAGACUCUCAACGACGCGACGAGAUGAACACAAACUGAAACAGAGCGGGACCUGGCGCUGCUCUCGUCCCUUCUUAACUACCAAUCCGAUUAUUUUAUUAUGUCAUUUCCACUUGGAUCUCUGCAUUAUUAUGAUUAUUAUUAUACACACGAAGAUGAAUGGGAAGAUCGUGGAGGCCUCAAAGUCUUGGGACUUGAGAGUCCCAUGCAUUUCUCUCCUCCCUGCUCUUGGCCUUAGCCCAUCUCUGCUCUUCGUUUCCGACUUCUCUCCCUUUCUUCCCCUUGCGUCUCAUCAAUUGACGAAAUUCAAUCUCUAUCGAUCACAUUACAUUCUUUGAUUUAUUUUUGAGAAUCAGAUUUCGGUUCAGAUGUCAUCGAAAUCGUCUCAUCGUUCCGAUAGGCAGGUGCCCUCUUCUGCAUGCACUUCGAGGAGUGCCAAUGGACAUCCUCCGGUUCGUUCUAAGGUCUCUCCUGCCAAACGCUCUGCUGUAACUAAUGCCAAAGAUUCCUCCUUCAAGGCGGAUGACCAAGAGCCUGGAAGGGUGCGAGUUGCUGUCAGACUUCGACCACGGAAUGCGGAAGAUCUUCUUUCUGAUUCUGAUUUUGCUGAUUGUGUUGAAUUACAGCCAGAGAUGAAAAGGUUGAAGUUGAGGAAGAACAAUUGGAGCUCUGAAUCUUAUAAAUUUGAUGAAGUACUUACGGAAAGUGCUUCUCAGAAGCGAGUUUAUGAGGUGGUUGCAAAACCUGUGGUUGAGAGCGUCUUAAAUGGAUAUAAUGGAACUGUGAUGGCUUACGGUCAAACUGGUACUGGUAAAACAUAUACAGUUGGCAGUCUAGGUAAAGAAGGUACUUCUGAGCGUGGCAUUAUGGUUAGAGCUCUAGAAGAUAUAAUUUCCAGUACAUCUCCUGCUUUUGAUGUUGUGGAGAUCUCCUAUUUGCAGUUGUAUUUGGAAUCCAUACAAGAUUUGCUGGCCCCCGAGAAGAAUAAUAUUCCCAUUGUGGAGGACCCCAAGACAGGUGCAGUGUCCUUGCCUGGUGCUACUGUAGUUAAAAUUCCAGAUCUUGACCAUUUUCAGCACCUUCUGCAAAUUGGUGAGGCAAACCGUCAUGCAGCAAAUACAAAGAUGAACACAGAAUCUUCUCGCAGUCAUGCAAUUCUUAUGGUUUUUGUUCAAAGACCAGCACAGGGAAAAGUGGGGAAUGAAUUAUCUUCGCAAGAAAGUGAGAGUGGAAAUGACCUAGCUUAUGGCAAAGGUGUACCUACCCUACUGAAAAGCAAGCUGCUGAUAGUAGACCUCGCAGGAUCUGAGAGAAUAGACAAAUCAGGCAGCAAUGGCCACCUGCUAGAAGAGGCCAAAUUCAUAAAUCUUUCUCUCACUUCCCUUGGAAAAUGUAUUAACGCACUGGCUGAAAAAAGUCCUCAUAUACCUACAAGAGAUUCCAAGCUCACAAGAUUGCUUCGUGACUCCUUUGGAGGUUCCUCAAGGACAUCGCUUAUAAUAACAAUUGGGCCUUCUGCACGACAUCAUGCAGAAACAGCUAGCACCAUAAUGUUUGGGCAACGAGCAAUGAAAGUCGUAAAUAUGGUGAAACUCAAAGAGGAAGUCGAUUAUGAAAGUUUAUGUCGGAAACUUGAGAAUCAGGUUGACUAUCUCACAGCAGAAAUUGAGAAGCUUCAAAAGUUACGAAAUGAUGACAAGAAGGAAAUGGAAAAAAAUCUCAACGAGUGUCAAAACUCCUUUGCUGAAGCAGAAAAGACUAUAACUGCAAGGUCUGAGUUGUUAAAAGAUGAGAAUACUCUUUUGGAAUCAGAGAUCAGAAGUUUGUUGGAAGAAUUGAAGCUUCAGAAAGAACGUAAUGAUUUAAUGUCUGCUAAAGCUGCUCGCCUGGAAAUGAGUUUAAAUCAGUGCAAGAAAAAUGAAGUGGAAGAUUUUACGUAUCAAAAGGCACUUAUGGACACUACUCAUGUGUAUGAGAAGAAAAUUUCAGAGUUGAUGGGGCAACUAGAAGAUGAACAUGCCCGUUCUGAAAGCGCUCAUGAACAAUUGGAUACAACAAAAAAAGUCAUUGAAGGGCAAAAGGAGAUUGACGAGCUUAGGAUGAAGUUGCAAGAAAUGUAUAAACUACAUGAGAAGACAGUAAAUGAAUUUCAAUCUUUGAGAACAGAAAAUGAGGAACUACUAUCAGAGAAGAUUGAAGGGCAAAAGGAGAUUGAUGAGCUUAGGAUGAAGUCGCAAGAUAUUUGUUCACUACAUCAGAAUACUGUAGAUGAAUUUCAAUGCAUGAGAACAGAAAAUGAGAAACUCCUAUCAUAGAAGGUAACACUAUGUGAAGAGCUCCAAAUGGUGAGGCAAAAGCUAUGUUCUGAAGAGCAACAGAGGCAAUAUCUUGAAGCUGAGCUGGUCAGGUUCAAAAAGCUUGUUCCUGACAAUGAUAUAGACUUUGAGGAAAAAAAAUCAUAUAUGGAAGAAAACAAAGGUAGAGCACCCUCUGGACGAAGGCAUAUGUCAAGCCAAUCCCGGGAGACAUUUUAUAGUCAAAGGACCACUAUUUCAAAAAUUUGUGAGGAAGUUGGUCUUCAAAAGAUAUUAGAUUUGUUAAGAUCUGAAGAUCUGGAUGUCCAAAUCCAUGCCUUGAAGGUGGUAGCCAAUCUUGCUGCUGAUGAUUCAAAUCAGGAGAAGAUUGUAGAGGAAGGAGGUCUGGAUGCUCUUUUUAUGCUCUUGGGAUCGUCACAGAAUACAACCAUUCAACGUGUUGCUUCAGGAGCUAUAGCCAAUUUGGCAAUGAGUGAGACAAACCAAGGUUUAAUAAUGAAGAAAGGAGGUGGUCGGCUAUUAGCUAAUGUAGCAUCAAGAACUGACGAUCCUCAAACACUUCGAAUGGUGGCUGGAGCAUUUGCAAAUUUAUGUGGAAACGAAAGGUUACAUACAAUGCUGAAAGAAGAUGGCAGCAUCAAAGCACUCUUGGGAAUUGUCAAAUCUGGAAACAGUGAUGUCAUAGCACAGGUUGCUAGAGGGAUGGCAAACUUUUCAAAAUGUGAAUCACGAGGAAUCAUUGAAGGACAUAGAAAGGGGCGUUCACUUCUUAUAGUGGAGGGGGUACUCACAUGGUUGAUUUCUAAUUCUUCUAAUUGUGCACCUUCAACUCAACGCCACAUUGAGCUUGCUCUUUGCCAUUUAGCACAAAAUGAGGACAAUGCCCAGGACUUCAUAUUCAGUGGAGCAUUGAAAGAACUCAUUUGCAUAUCAAAUGAGUCAUCAAGAGAGGACAUACGCAACUUAGCAAAGAAAACAUUGAAGUUGAGUCCAACUUUUCAAACUCAGUUGCAAAAAUAUGAGAGAUGAUGAUCCAAAAAGCGGAAUCAAAGAGCUUCUCCUGCUUCCAAAGUGUUACUCCAUGAAAGCUAUGUAAAUUAUAUAAUUGAUAAUUGUUCAUUCAUUGAUUUACAUAAUGUAGUCUGUGUUUGCCCUUCUCUUUUCAAUGUCCUAUCACUUAGGGCUUUUCUAUUAAAAAUCACACUCUGGCUAUUAUAUGAUAUAUCCAAAUGAGGUCCAGAAGUUUAUAAGCUAUAAAAGGAAACAUUUGGCUCUGUUUUGAGGUAAA